AUGGAGCCCUCAGACCCAAACACCACGCUCUCCAUUCCCGCAAAUGAGGAACUAUCUCCCCUUGAACAAGACGUGUUGGACGAGUACGAACGCCUAGCUGAGAACAUGAAGAAGUUAGCAAGUCUUCUUGACACAAUGGCCGGGAAGCCGACGGCGGAGAUACUGGAUGGGUUGAGGCAGUUGGAGAGGAAGACUAGUUUGGUGUUUACGUUGUUGAAGGCUAGUGUUUAUAGUAUUGUGUUGCAGCAGGAGAUUUAUUCGGGGGAUCAGGGGGGUGGGAGUCAGGAUGGCUGAAGGGGAGAUUGGUUGGAUGGGUUUGGGCUUG